CCAAGAUUCAAAUACAGAACCCAUUCCUGCUCACGGUCAGUUUUCUCAUUUCCACCAUCUCCGUGUCUACUGCAUAGCCAUUGCCACCUAGAACCCUCAGAAUGACGACCGUUGUCCUUAUCCCCGGGGCCUGGCUCAAGCCCGAGUUCUACCAGCCCUUCUUGAUUGCCCUCAAUCAAGCCGGCUAUCGCACCCACUUGGCAGGCUAUCCAUCGCUGGAUCCUUCCAAUCCUGCCACGGCCGACUGCCAAGCCGACAGCGACGCCAUUCACCAGGAGUUGCGGACCUUGGUUGAAGAUGAAGGCCAGGACCUGGUGCUGUUCAUGCACUCGUACGCCGGCAUGCCUGGUGCAUCGGCCGCUCGAGGAUUAUCCAAGGUGGAACGACAGCAGCAGGGCAAAGCUGGCGGUAUUCUAGGGUUGAUUUUCCUUGCUGCCUUCUUGGUCCCGGAGGGUGUCAGUUGCGCCGGCUUCCAGGGUGGAGAUCUCCCUCCUUGGAUCCUUCUUGAUAACCCCUCCUCACAACUCAACUUUGUCGACGACCCGGUCGGCAACUUCGCUCCAGAGGUCGACCAGACUCUGCUCGGCGAUUUCAACUCCCACUUGAAACCCCAUUCGACCUUGGCCUUCUUCUCGCCUCAGCCUGCUCCGGGCUGGGCCGACGCCAACUACGCCGGACGACUAGCCUUCAUCGUCACGGCGGCGGACAAGGCAGUGCCCAAGGAAGCCCAAUACUGGAUGAUCGCGGAAACCCAGCAGGAAUUCACUGUCAAGGAGAUGCAGUGCAGCCACUGCGCACCGUUUGUGGAUCGCAUCCCCGAGACAGUCGGACUGAUUCAGGAGUUGCUCCCCGCGUUCCAAUCCAAGUGAUUUCGUUGUUUCUCGCCCCUCUUGUUCUUCUUAGUUGCUACGUACAAAUACAAACUCCAACCCGCGUUGAUCCGCGGGCAUCCAAGCCACGUCUU